GUACUGGGGUCAGAUGUAGGCAGAUGGGGCUUUUCCACCAGUAGAACACGCGUUCUCUCCCAUGUGUCUCAGAACACGCACGCGGAGAGAACUGGAUCGUCCGUAGAAUGCUGACAGAUCCCUCGCCGUUUUCCGGGUGGCGGUCUUGUUGAAGGUGGCUUUGUCACUUUAUUGUGUUUAAGCUUGGGCUUUCACCCCACACUUCUGUCCAUGCACGCAUGUUAUACACGUGACGCGUCUUAAAGGGCACUCGCACUCCCAGGAGCCCUGCCAAGAGUCUAUAAAAGGAGAGAUCUGAAAGCCGCAUUUCGGAUUCUUUCCUUGCAACCCUCGGGUCUCCCUCUCGUCCCGAGCGCACGUCUCCUCGGAGAUUAUGAAUGUGGAUCGGAGGCUUUGUUGCCGAGGUCUCACUUAGGAGGAAGGGGAGGUGAGAUUAUGUUUCCUGCGGGGGACAGGACCUGGAAGUUGGAUGUGGAAGUGACCGUGGGGCUUGGACAGGCAGGAUCUUGACCUUCGAGCUGGGGAGGCCCAGAUGAAGAGCGUCCCGGUCAGGCCGCCUCCAGCCCCAGCCCCCUGAGACAUGGAGAGGAAGAUCCCACCCAGGGAGAGCCCCAGAAGACUCCCGGCCAAGCUCGGCAAAGGCCCCGAGAUGAAAGCGGCCGCCGCCGAGUCAGACAAGGACUCCGGAUUCUCAGAUGGGAGCUCGGAAUGUCUGAGCUCUGCGGAGCAGGUGGAGGCCGAGGACGUGCUGAGUGCCUUAGGCUGGAGCAGACAGGCCAGGCGCAGGCCAAACUCCAGACCUGCAAACCACGCCUUCCCCACGUUGUCCCCCAUGGUCGUCAUGAAGAAUGUGCUGGUCAAACAGGGCAGCAGCUCAUCCCAGCUCCAGUCCUGGACAGUGCAGCCCUCCUUCGAGGUGAUCUCAGCACAGCCACAGCUCCUGUUCCUGCAUCCGCCCGUCCCGUCUCCCGUCAGCCCGAGUCACGCUGGCGAGAAGAAGGCAGACUCCAGGAACUACUUGCCCAUCCUGAACUCUUACACCAAAAUAGCCCCCCACCCAGGCAAAAGGGGCCUCCCCCUCAGCCCAGAAGAGAGAGGAGCGCGGGCAGUGCAGAAGAAAGCCUGCACCGAGAGCCUGGCGUCCAGCCCGUCUUCCAGGGAGCCGACCAGGACUGGCGCGGCACCUGCCAGCCCCCCCGCUCCGGCCCCUCCCAGCGCCAGGCUCGCCGAGGACUCCGCUCUGCAGGGGGUGCCCUCCCUGGUGGCAGGUGGAAGUCCACAGACUCUUCAGCCCGUAUCCAGCAGCCACGUGGCUAAAGCUCCCAGCCUGACCUUUGCCUGCCCUGCCAGUCCUGUCUGCGCCUCAGACAGCACCCUGCACGGGCUGGAGAGCAGCUCCCCGCUGUCCCCGCUGUCAGCCCACUACAGCUCGCCUCUGUGUGCCGCCGAGCACCUGUGCCGCAGCCCCGAGCUCUUCCCAGAGCAGCGGCAGAGCAAACACAGGCGCUUCCACAACACGCUGGUUGUCCUGCACAGGUCCGGCCUGCUGGAGAUCACCUUGAAAACCAAGGAGCUGAUUCGGCAGAACCAGGCCACCCAGGUGGAACUGGACCAGCUGAAGGAGCAGACGCAGCUGUUUAUAGAGGCCACCAAGAGCAGGGCUCCGGAGGCGUGGGCCAAGCUGCAGGCGUCCUUAACGUCUGGCUCCAGUCACGCCGGCAGUGACCUAGACGCGUUCCCUGACCAGCCUGAUAUCUAGCGUGGCCGGCCUGCUUCCCGAGUGGUUCUGUGACUGCAGCUGUUCGCUCCCCUUGCUUCCCGAAGCUUCUGUCGGCCCUUCUGAACUCUGACUGUACUGCAGUUCUCUUCCAAAGCCACCUGCCAAUCCCAGGCUGCUGUCCUCACCUGUGGCCUCCACACAGGCAACGUACAUCUCCGUUGCACUAAGGACUCCAUUCGGGGCGUCCUUGCGUUCCUUUUCCUUGGCCUCUGGGCACUCUGCUGGGUCACAGGGUAAGGCGGGAGAGAUGACUGGGCAGGGGCCGGGGGCUCUUCCAGCUGCCCCGCCCACCGCCCCUGCUCGCUCACUGCAGUCAGGGCCGCAGUGACGUGAAGAGAGACCUGUCAAGCCGGGGAGUGGGUCCUCCCCUGAGUGGGUCAGAGAAAAAAGCACAAGGCAAGUGUUUGCAUUGCGCCAGGCACCACGCCAGCUGGUGAAGCCUGAAAUGCCCUGGGCACAGGCUGCUCCUGGGGACGAGCACUUACUCACUGGAGCUUUGUUUUCUUCAACUUGAAAGGGGAAAGGGUAGUACCAUCUGACUCAGACGCUUUUCAGGCAAAAUAGCUCAGAUUUUUAAGACAGGGAGUGGAUCCAGUACCAUCUGGAACUGGAGCUGAUGAAUUGCUUUUGGAAUCUAGAGACCGAAGGAGUAGACAAGGCCAGCGUCUCCUGGUCAGGGCCGGGAAGAUUCUGGCGAAGCAGGCUGUUGUCCUGGCUUUUGUCACCGAGGACCUCUCUGGGGUCUGAGAAGCUGAAGGACAGCCUCAGGCUGCUAAGGUGGCCUGCUGCCGCCCCCCAGGAUUGGUUUUUUUCCCUCACUUGUUUUUAUCAAAGAAGGAGUGCUCAUUAUGCCCGAUAAACUUUGAAUUAAAUAAACUCAUCCUGAGGUUACGAUAAGUCCACAAAAAAUUGGAAACAAUUCUUGCCCAUUUUCUCUUCCCACCCUUAGUCUGCUCGUGCCCCGCUCGUGCCCCACGUCAUAGCGACUGCAGAGCCGCUGUCGUGUGUGAAGCAGCAAAGCCAGAGGCGCGCGUUGGUCCCGUGAGGUUUAUGCUGAAGUGGGGGCCCGGGGAGGGCUCCCAGAGGGCACGCCUUCUCUACAGCUUCAUCCUACGUGGCACCUGCUUUCUGAGUAGUAGACCUCCCAGUUUCUAACCCCUCAUUUAAAAACCGCACCCUCUUACAAAUCCUCAUUGCGUAUGACCAGCUCCAUCUUUCUGCAAGGAAAACGUUCUUGAAGUUUCACAAGAACCAGGAGUUGAUCAUAUUCAUGAAGUGGUUGUAACUCUGACAACUUCAGAAUCAUAAGGCUUCAGGUUGCCUGGACUUUGUUUAGAGAUGUACAGGAUUUAAAUGUACCCUACUUAGAAACUAAACAAUUCCAUACCAAUCUCUGGGCGCCCCUGACCGGUACAGUUAUUAUUACCUGUUUGCGCUCUGGAAGAGUCGCAAAAGCCAGAGCAAACGUGUCUUUAAGCAGACCUGGCUCCUCUUAUUUACUGUUUGUCUUUCGGCCCGUUCCCUUGCUUCCCCUGGGUCGGUGGGGUCCGAUGGCCGCUCUGCUCUGGGCACCAUGGUAGGAAGCUUCCUCUCUGGCAGAGUGUUUGGCAUCCACGCUAUGGAAACAGGUGCAGCCAGAACAGGCCUUGCACAGCCACGAGGCCCACUGGGUGUCAGAAAUCUGAAAACACUUGCCGAGAACCCGACUGGGCCCACUGGCAAAACUGCGGUGCGAUCAGCCUCUUGGACUCCUCUUCCAAGGUGAAGGUUUGCCAUUGCCUGCCUGUCACGGUGAAAGCAUACAACCGCCAGCCUCGCCCCGCAGUGCUAGGUGGCGAGGAGACGCAGCACCAGCCCUGGCUCUUCUCUGAUGUCAUCCCUUAGUGCUGGAGCCUCUCCAGGCCGUUAGCCCGGCUGCCCUUCCCCUCAGGAGCUGCAACGUGGAGAAGCCGGAGCUUGGAGGGACAGAUCCAUCGCGGCCAGCAGCCUGACCAGCAAGCGGGAGAACCUCGGAGGCGACAGAAAGAUCUUUGCUGGUGGCCCAAGGCCGUGAGCAGCAGUGGCCUUGCCAGUGCCUGGUGUCGUUCGGUAUGAAGUGCGGUGGAGCUGUGGUUUUCUGAAAGUGAGAAGCCAGCUUUAGUCCAGACCAACCCUUGAGAGAACUUUUCGUUAGAUUUUAUUGGCAGUCGUGAGACACACCUGGGAAAAGUCGCUGCUUGAUUUGGCGUGGGCAUGGAGCUUCAGGACAUCUGGGAUGUACUGCACUCUCGUUGCUUUUCAUUGACCAUGGUAUCGUCCGAUGUGUCUGCCCUGACUCCCGUGCAUACAUUGAAGUGGUUUUCCAGCUCUGAGUUCUUUAGGGUAGAAAUUUCUUUACCAAAUGUGAAUUCUUUUGAGAACGUAUGAAGUUUUGUAGAAAUUGACUGUGAAAUGUCAGAGAAAAAUAAAAGUCACUUACU